AUGCCUGAUGACGGUAUUUGUAUCCAUGCAACAUGGAAUCCAAAUGGCGUCACUGUAGCUGGAGGUAAUGGACAGGGAUCUGCAUUGAACCAACUUGAUCGACCUUGGGGAUUAUUUGUGGAUGACGAUGCUAAUGUCUAUGUUGCGGAUCCUUUCAAUGGUCGAGUUGUUAAAUGGGCACCCGAAGUUUCGAGUGGUCAAUUAGUAGCCGGUGGUAAAGGAAGAGGCAAUCACAGUGAUCAAUUAAAUGCAGUGUCAAGUAUUGUUGCUGAUAAUGAUGGUACUAUGUUUAUUUGUGAUUAUCGAAACAAGCGAGUGCAGCGAUGGUUUAAGAAUGAUGAUCAUGGACAAACCAUAAUUCAGAAUAUCUUAGGUUGGGGAUUAGCAAUGGACGACGAAGGAUCGUUGUAUGUCUCUGAUCAUGAAAAUGAUCGUGUAUUAAAAUGGUCUGAUGAUCAAGUUGUUGCUGGUGGAAACGGACGAGGAGCUGCUCUGGAUCAAUUCUCAUCCCCUGACCAUUUAUUCGUCAAUCGGUAUCAGACUGUUUUUGUUGCCGAUGAUGUUAACAAUCGUGUGAUGAAAUGGCCUGUCGGCGCUAAAGAAGGCAUUGUUGUAGCUGGUGGGAACGGUCAAGGAGAUGGUGUCAAUCAAUUGCAUGGACCAGUUUCAGUGAUCGUCGACCAAUCGGAUACCGUCUAUGUCGCAGAUUGGGGUAACCACCGAAUCAUGCGUUGGUUCAAAGGUUCCAAAUCAGGUAGUAUCAUUGUCGGUGGACAGGGUCAAGGCAAUGGGACAGCUCAACUAUCACAGCCUUUUGAUUUGGCAUUUGAUCGGGAUGGAAACUUGUAUGUGGUCGAUACUGGUAACAAUCGAGUUCAAAUGUUCGCUAUCGACAAAAGUUCUUGUUCUACCGAUAAAUUCUAA